AUGACACAGCCAGCGAGUGUCGUCCUCGACGGAGAGGAUCCUCGGCUGCAUGAGAAAGAGCGUGAGGCAUUUGAUGCCCUUGACUACGGCACUGGCACUGCUACUAUCCGUCCGCAGCAUCGCAAGUUGCAUGAUUCUAGUGUCACCUUCGAGGAGUACUACUACUACGCCCAAUUGACUCGUGCCGAAGAAGAGUCCGGGCCCAAUGGCGAUCAGGAACGGGGAUGGCUGUCCAUCAUCUUCCCUUCCAAGUCGGGCGGCGGCGUCCAGCCGGUGCCCGAAAACACGCCUGAAGAUGCCAAAACGCUCAGCGCCGGCGAUGCAGCUGGCCAAAUGACCAUCACUGACGAGGAAUGGACCAAUGCGUCUCGGGCGCUGCGGACGGCCACCCGAGGAGCCAUUUUCUAUCUGAUUACCACCGACAUUCUGGGUCCAUUCGGUCUGGGGUAUGCCUUUGCGACCAUGGGUUGGGGUCCCGGAGUUGCAUUGUACACCGUCUUUGGUGGCCUGGCUGCCUAUUCUGGCUAUCUCCUCUGGUCAGCGUUCCUGGGCCUCGAUUCGUAUCAAUUCCCCCUUCGCAGCUUCGGAGACCUGGGUUUCCGUCUGUAUGGCCGGUGGAUGCGGUAUCUAUUCAACGUCCUGCAGAGCAUCCAGCUGCUGCUGAACGUUGGUCUGAUCGUCAUCUCCAACGGUGAGGCGCUCUACCAGGUGUCCAAGAGCAAGCUGUGCUUCAUCAUCUGCUGCCUGGUGUGGGCGCUGUUCGGCUUCUUCAUCGGCCAGAUCCGUACUCUCCAAAAGUAUGGCUGGCUCGCCAAUUCCGCCGUCUGGAUCAACCUCAUCGUCAUGUUCAUCACCAUGGGCGGAGCGGCCAACGCGCCCCCCAACUACGCGGCCGCCUCGGCGUCGGCGGGUGCGGUCGUCAACAAGGCCCUCAUCACGCCGGUGAACGGUGUCUAUCCUCCUGUCCAGACAUCCGGCGGCCUGCCCGAGGCGGGUAACUUCGUCGGCUCGCUCAAUGGCGCUAUGCAAGCCGUGUUCGCAUACGGUGGUGCCAUGGUGUUCCCGGAAUUCAUGUCGGAGAUGAAGCGGCCCAAGGACUUUUUGACCGCCAUGUGGGCGGCCCAGGCGUUCAUCUACUUCUGGUACAUGUUCUACGGCCUGUUCAUGUACGGCUACCAGGGCCAGUACAACGUCAAUCCCAGCUACCUGGGAAUCGGCUCGUACGACAUCUCGACGGCCGGCAACGUCUUUGCCAUGCUCAGUGCGGCCAUUGCGGCGGGUCUGUAUGGAAACAUCGGCCUGAAGGUCUUGUACAACCAAGUCUUGGUCGAGCUCUUCCGGUGCCCUCCGUUGACCACUCGGGGCGGCAAGCUGUUCUGGGUCAUCCUGGUUCCCAUCUACUGGGGUAUCGCAUUUGCUCUCGCCGCCGGUAUCCCCAACUUCUCCGGUCUGGCCUCCGUAGUCGCUGCCGUGUGUAUUCUGCAAUUCACUUACAGCUUCCCCCCUCUUCUGGCCCUGGCGUACUGGGUAAAGCGCGCCGCCCUGCGAGACGGGGAAGGCUUCGAUCCCGCAACGGGCCAGACCGUUCGCCACGAUCAGGGCAUGCGGCGUGUUGUCCGGGGUUUCCUCGCGCAGAGACCCAAGGAACUGGCUAUGAGUGUGUUCAACAUUUUCUACGUCUUGGGUGCAUUGGCGUUGGCGGGGAUGGGUGCAUAUGCUGCCAUUGAGAGUCUGAUCAAUGCUUUUGCGCAGAGCCGUACUACUUCGUAUACCUGCAAGAUCGGUAUAUGA